AUGACGGCUGAAGCUAGUUCCUCCGCUCCCUCGGUAAUCCCCUUGAUUAUCAAUGGCAAGGAGGAAGUGCCUGAGUCUACAUUCGACGUCAUCAGCCCAUAUACCAACCAGCGCUGCUGGGCAACAGCUUCGGCUUCCCCUCAGGAUGCUAUCCGCGCCGUCGAGGCCGCCGAGGCAGCCUUCCCAGCCUGGUCGCAGACUAAACCCACCGUCCGACGGGAUAUCCUACUCAAGGCAGCCGAUAUCCUGGAAAGUCGCCUUGUUCAAAAUGCGGAGUACAUGCGGACAGAAAUGGGUGCGGACGUAGGAGCGUCGCAGUACUUUAUCGUACCGCUUGGUAUUCGCAUGUUGAGGGACAUUGCUGGGCGCAUUACCUCCAUUUGCGGAAGUGUGCCCGUCGUGGAGGAAGAGGGUCAGAGUGCCAUUGUUUACAAGGAGCCUAUGGGCGUGAUCUUGGGCAUCGUUCCUUGGAAUGCUCCUUACGUUUUUGGCGUCCGCUCCGCCGCCUGCGCGCUGGCUGCCGGCAACACAACCAUCCUGAAAUCCUCCGAACUUUCGCCCUGCUCAUACUGGGCACUUGCUCGCGCUUUUGAAGAUGCCGGCUUACCUGCCGGCUGUCUGAACCUCAUAUCGUGUCGGCCCCAAGAUGCCCCCCAGGUAGUCAACACUAUGAUUGAACACCCAGCUGUGCGUAAGAUCAACUUCACCGGAAGCACAGCCGUCGGAAGACAGGUUGCCCGGUCCUGCGGCCAGAACCUCAAACCAUGCCUGAUGGAACUCGGAGGAAAGAACAGCUCUAUUGUUUGCGCAGAUGCGAACAUCGAAACUGCCGUGAAGGGCUCUGGCCAAAUCUGCAUGGCCACAGAUCGGAUCCUCGUCCACUCCUCCAUUGCGCCGACCUUCAUGGAAGCACUCAAGAACGCCUUGAACUCGAACCUCGACCCAUCCUCUCCGCCUCCAACUUUGGUCAAUGUGGCUUCUAAAGCGCGAGUCGAGCGUCUGAUCUCAGAUGCCUUAUCGAGUGGUGCCCAUUUGAUCCACGGAUCCGCGAACCAGACGUCCGAGGCUCAACCAGAAGCUGGUGUUCGCAUGGCCCCUGUCCUCCUUGGUGGCGUCAGUGAAGAUAUGAAGGUUUGGCAGGAGGAAGCGUUCGCCUCAUUGGCGGCGUGCAUGGUGGUUGACAGCGAUGAAGAGGCCAUCCGAAUCGCAAAUGGCGGUGGAUAUGGUCUGUCGGCUUCCGUGUUCACCGAGGACUUGCGCAAAGGAUUAUCUAUGGCCAAGCGGAUUCAAUCUGGUGCGGUCCACAUCAACAGUAUGACCAUUCACGACGAACCCGCGUUGCCACACGGCGGUGUCAAGAACAGCGGAUGGGGCCGGUUCAAUACCGCUCAAGGACUGGAAGAAUUCCUGGUCACCAAGAGCGUAACCUGGAUGGAUUAA